GGCCUCGUGUCCCUUCAACAUAUUUUAUUUCUAUGUUUUGGAGAAGAAGAAAAAAUCUCCCACUAUCCAGCUAGUUGGGCUAGUCUGGGUGGUCUAUCUCUUGCUUUGGCCGCUGAUUGUUACUUAUUAUCAUCCCAAACAACUCCUUCCUUUAUGUUAGAAGAAAUAGCUAUAUGAAGAGUCUCCGGUGUAAAGGGGAAACGGCUCCAACUCACGAUGGAAGACUGCUUGCACACUUCUUCAGAGAACCUGUCUAAGUUGGUCCGCUGGGCCCACAGUCACGGCACCAUCUGUGCUCUCAUCCCGAACCUCAAACACCUGCUCACCGAGGGUUCCCAUGGGAACCUGACCGCCAUGUGGGGGUGCAGCGCGGGCCACGCCUACCACUGGCCCCUCCCCGCCACCUGUAAGACGGGCCAGAAGGAGCGGGUUGGCUGCUACCAGGACAGCCGUAGCGUCAACUCGGACAGCCUCAGUGUCCAGGGAGGGGCCUUAGCCCGUCAGAGCAGCCCAGGAGGUGAGAGGUUUCUGGGGCGCUCCACCAAGGCCAAGGGAGGUGACAGCAGCCAGACCCGGGACUCCUGCGACUUCUCCAACUGCAGCGACGACAACACUGAGGCUGAUGACAACACCGAGGAGUAUAACAGCAACCUGUUUGAUAUUGUCUGUGAGUCCUCAGCCACGACGGACGAGGAUGGAGACGUAGACUACGAGCCUCGUCACAGACCCAGGAAGAGGGGUCCCCCGGGGGGCAUGCCCGGCCCCCAGAGACCCGGGUCUGAGGACAGGGGACAGGAGGACAAGUCAGUGAAGAAGAUCAAGCAGGAGACUGCUGAGGAAUAUUACACAGUGCCUAAAGCCCAGUUAGCAGCAGGGGGAUGUACUGACUCUGGCAUGGCCUCUGACUCAGUCUCCCAGUCCUCAAAGCCUAAUCACUCCCUGUCCCACCAUGCAUUGCCACACAAACCCUCCCAGCUGGACGCCGACUGUUUGGUUGGUGGCGUGUCGUCGUCUCUGCUGGGCCGCUCCCUUCCUCACAAACCUCUCCGAGGCUCCGUCUCCAAACCUUCCAUGAUGAGCACGAGUUCUCCCAGACACCAGGACCUGUCCUCGGUGUCGACCCAGGGCCUGAGCACCCUCCCUGGGGCAGGUAGUGAGCUGAUGGAGGACCUGCUGAAGCCUGGAGGAUCCGAGGGGCCGUUGGGGAACCCGACUCCCUCCUCCCUCAGUGGGAUGAACCCCGACCUCCUGGAAGCAGAGACCAAAGGAGAAGCUACAGACUUCUUCUGGCCCACCUCUUCAAGUCACUUUCUGACCAGCGAACCGACAGAGGAGAGACGGCGGGUUGAAGAGUUUGUUGCUAGUAUAGAUCUGGGUCAGCUACAGAGUCUUCAGACAGUCAUCCGCCAGGUUCUGUCUUUCCGUGAGAAGAAAACGGAGAGAGGGGAAGAGAGGAGAACGGAGAGAGGGGACGAGAGGAGAGGGGAGAGAGGGCAGGAUUGCCACCCCCAGUUCCAGUCUCAUCUUGAGACCAACCAACAGAGCCACCCCCAGUUCCAGUCCCAUCUUGAGACCCACCGGCCACAGCUUCAACCCCAACCUGAGCCGACGCGCUGGCGAGGCCGUCACAGGGAGCAGCUGCAGGGCCAGCAGGAGCUCUACCCCGGCUCAGGAGUCCUGCUGUCCUCCCUGCAGCUGGCCGCCAUGUUUCAGGAGGCCAGGGGGAACUGCAUGAGACUCUUUCAUCUCCUAUUCGAGCAUUUCUUCACCGAGGAAGACCUCAUAGGAGCGGUGGCCUUCGGCAGGAGGGGAAAAGUACCCGACGGCAAGAAGAUUCUUGACCGCAGAACGGUGGACGCAAUCAUAGGUCAGGGUCUGAAGGAAUGUGUAGAGGAGACUCAUGAGCAUGUCCUGAUGACUUCCUACAGGUCAGGGUCUGAGUGUCUGAGGGUCUCAUGUCCUGAUGACUUCCUACAGGUCAAAGGUCUGAGGAUCUCAUCAUUACAUGUCCUGAUGUCUUCCUACAGUGGGGUCCAGCUCUGUGUGGAGAUAGAGAGGCUGAGUGUGGAGCUGUAUAGUGUUCCUGUCUCAACCUUCCUGUCUUCGUUACCAAGUGGUCCAGCUCUGUGUGAGAUAGAGAGGCUGAGUGUGGAGCUGUAUAGUGUUCCUGUCUCAACCUUCCUGUCUUCGUUACCAGUGGGUCCAGCUCUGUGUGAGAUAGAGAGGCUGAGUGUGGAGCUGUAUAGUGUUCCUGUCUCAACCUUCCCUGUCUUCGUUACCCAGUGGGUCCAGCUCUGUGUGAGAUAG